AUGAGACCCGAAUUUCGUACAGUAUUCCCUGCUGCAUGGGCUCGGAGGAUUCCCUCUGCCUCUGUCUCUCGUUAUCGUCAUCCACUGCGUAAUGCUGCUCAUGUACGGCAUAUAUCUGCGAUCCAGUCAGGGCAUAUCAGGUUGGGGGAGAAUGAAGGGAUUAUUUUCAUCAAUAAUAUUUACCCCCAUCGGCUCCAAUGGCUGCUACGGGGUCCACUCAGCCAUGUACAGCCUCUCGAGGGGCUGUUGAGACGAUUCGACAACCCCGAUCUGGCUGCAGCUGAUCCUUUUCAUAUCGCCCGUCGUGUCUUGCCUCGGAGCUUGAACCUUGAAAUCAAAGAAGUGGUCCCACGAUACAAAGAAGGCGGUGCAUUCGUCAAAUAUGAACGCAAGCUUGGCGCCACAGAUGAUAGCAUUAGUAAUGCGAUGAAGGAUCAUCUUGCUAAGAACCCGAUCCGGCCUUGGUUCAAUCCAUUCCAAAGAGCAGAUGCCGAGAUAGUUCAGGGCAAACCGUGGAUUGAGGAUCUCUAUCGGAUCCCAAGCCAAAGUCUGAGAGUUGAAUUUCUCCCCGCCUCUACUGAAGGUCCACCAGUAGAGCUAAACCAGGAAGCCAUUUACUCUCUCUUCCGUCCUUUUGGGAAGAUUCUGGACAUACAUCAGCAGCCGUCAGAUUCAAAGGUUGAGCCCAGGUACGCUAUUCUGCGCUUCGAGCGUCCUCGAUUCGCCGUGCUGGCAAGAAACUGCUUACACGGGUACGAGGCAUCCGAAGAGGAGGGAGGGGGAAAAGCCGGCACCAAGUUCAAAUUAGGGUAUGAGCGCAAGAUUAGAUUGUCUAUGAUUAAGGAUUGGAUCAUGAGCCACCCACGAAUUAUGUUUCCUGCUAUCGCGGCUCUGGUGGCAGCAAUCACCGUCAUUGUCUUUGAUCCUAUACGAACGUUCUUCAUCAAAGUCAAGAUCAAAGCCACACUUCACACAGAAGACAAUGCUAUUGUGCAGUGGGUUCGGCAACAAGCCAGCAAAGCCAACAAAAUGUACUUUGGACAGCGCAAGGCGGAUCCCCGGGGCUUGACAGCCAUUUGGGAAGAUCGGCAGAACGAUAUCUCACAGCUCCAAGCAUGGCUAACAGAGACUGCUCAAACAUUCAUCGUGGUUCAUGGCCCAAGGGGCUCGGGCAAGCGGGAGCUAGUUCUAGAGCAGGCAUUGAAAACCCGUCACCACAAAGUGAUCAUCGACUGUAAACAGAUCCAGGAUGCUCGAGGUGAAACCGCCAAGAUUUCUCGGGCAGCAGCUCAGGUUGGCUAUCGACCAAUCUUCUCCUGGAUGAAUAGCAUUAGCAGUUGGAUCGAUCUGGCAGCACAAGGUAUGAUUGGUACGAAGGCUGGAUUCUCUGAGACCCUGGAUGCCCAACUCAGCAAGAUCUGGCAAAGUACCGCAGUAGCGAUGAAACGAGUUGCGCUUGAAGGUCGUCGAAAAGAAGACAAGGACUUUAACCUAAAUGACGAUGAGUACCUUGAGGUUCAUCCCGAGAAACGGCCAGUGGUAAUCAUCGACAAUUUCGUGUACAAUUCCGAGGAUAGUGUUGUGUUCGACAAGCUUACGGAGUGGGCGGCGGGGUUGACCUCCGCCAACAUUGCGCAUGUCAUUUUUCUAACUACCGACUCCUCCUUUUCCAAGCCUCUAAGCAAAGCACUUCCGAACCAAGUCUUCCGGACAAUUGGUUUGGGUGACUGCUCUUUAGAUGUGGGCCGUCGCUUUGUCUUGAAUCACUUGGAUUCCGGGACAGCUGAAGGCGAGGAUCGAUCUAAGGGGCCAAAGAAGAAGCUCCAAGACCUAGACGAGUGUAUCAAGAUCCUGGGAGGCCGAGUCACCGACCUUGAAUUUAUGGCACAUCGGAUUGAAGCGGGAGAAACGCCUAGAGCUGCGGUGAACCGAAUCAUCGAGCAAUCGGCUUCUGAGCUUUUAAAGAUGUUUAUUCUCACAGAUUCUGCCUCGCCACAAUGGACUACUCAGCAAGCAUGGCACAUCAUCAAAGCUCUUGGGCAGGCGAAGGAUGGUCAAAUUCUUUACAACAAAGUCCUACUCAAUGAUCUGUUCAAAAACAAUGGUGAAACAACUCUCCGAGCACUUGAACAAGCAGAACUCAUCUCUAUUGGAACUGUCAAGGGAUUUCCACGGUGGAUCAAGCCUGGUAAGCCCGUUUACUCGGCAGCAUUCCAGCAGUUGAUCGGGAACAAGACAUUGGAAGGCCGGUUAGAUCUUCUUAUCCUCGGUGAGUUGAUUAGUACCGAGAACAAGAGUAUCGGCAAGUAUGAAGAAGAACUUCAGCUGCUCGGUUCGCUCCCCAAAUAUCCGUGGGAGUUGAACUCGCGAAUCGAGUGGCUAUUAAGCAAAUUGCACGGGUCGCAAUCCAAGAUUCUCCAAUAUGAAAAGGAGAGUAGCAAACUGAAAAAGAUGCUACAGAGUGAGAAGUAA